UCUCUUUGUGUUUUUGUUUUUAGCUGCGUGAGUACAAGACUGUGCUGGACCUGAGUCUGCCUGCUCCUCUGGAUGCAGUGGGCCGGUGGCUGCUGCGUGUGGAGGGGACGCUGACUGACGAAGACAAAGAUACGCAGGACCACGCUCAGGCUGCUGAGGGUGCCAGAGAGAAGCUGGAGCUCCUCAAGACCUCAAUGGAAGAAAUGAGUCAUCACCUGAAAAUCUUCAACUCCUUCAAGAACAUGGAUGAGUAUGGUGCCAUUCUGGUUCCAACAGACAAAAUGGAAGAAAUUAAAAGAAGGUUCACCAGUGUUCGUGUCACUGCCAAGUAUCAUGGAAUCAAAUUGGAGUACCAGGAACACUGGCACACAGUCCUGGACCUCCUGGGCCAGCUGAACAGUAAGCUGUGCUCCUGGAAGAGGCCCUACUGCUCCCAGGAGGGGGUUCGAGUGCUGCUCCAGAACUGGCAUGAAGCCGUGGACAAGCAGGACCUGGUCUCUCUGCUGGAGGCUGCUCUUCUGAGGCUGAAACUUGUCGCUGGCAAAUACACCAGCAAAUCCGCCCUGGCUGCGGACUCCCAGAAAGUCACCCAGCAGAUGAAGGAUCUGGAAGGCCGGAGCACGGUGUGUCUGGAGGCGGUGUCGGCGGUGAAGAGCACCAUGAACCGCGUGCUGUCAGCCUGGGACUCUUACUGUGACUGCCUGAGCUCUCUGCAGGCCUGGCUUGCCCAGGAGUCACAGUCCCAUUCUCACAGAGCAGAGGUGUCAUCUGAAUGUAUGUCAAAGUGGAGCUCCUGCCAGGCUCACCUGAACGAAGUGGGAAACUUCCUCACGGAGGUGACAAGUCCACAGACAAGCCGCGCCCUGGCAGACGAAAUGCGCAAAGUCAACAUGCACUGGGCUGACUAUGUCAAGAGAACCACAUUGGAUGGAACCUCCCGGCCUCCUGCCAGCCCACAUAGCCCCCAGGCUGUGCAGGCUCUCUGCCGCGAGGCCAGUCAGCUGUUGAAGGAACCAGUGGAGGCUUUGUCUGGCCCUUUGCGUACCUACAGAAAGAGGCUACAGUUCAUGAUGGAGAAGAUAAAUGAUGUGGACGUUGACUCGCUCGCCCAGUUCCCAGACUGCUCAGCUGAGACUUUACAGAAACUCAGACAUACGCUCCCUGAGGUGGUGAAGACACUGCAUGGAGCAGAGCAGGUCUGUGAGGAGCUGCAGCAGAGUGUGUCCAGCCUGGAUGGCCGGCUGGCGGAGCUUCAGCACUGUGAAACUGAGGCCAGGGAGCUCUACCAGCUCCUGAAAGAGGAAUGGAAAUAUGGCCAGAGCCAGGACCCCAGGGCCAGAAUGUUUAUCUCUCGAGCCCUUCAAUUAGAGGGUCAAGUAGUGACUGAGGAGCAAGACCUCCAGGUCAUGGUGAUGACUGGGCAGAAGAACUCCCCCUUGCAGUACCUGAUUGCAUCAGGAAUGCAGGACAGGGUCAGAGCAGCUGUUGCACACUCACAGGAAGCUGUUGGGAUGCUCAGCUCUCUUGGGGCUAGACGAGACCGAAGUCCCACUGAAGAUCAGCCUCCUCCUAAGAUCUUCAUCCAGUCAUACACAGAGGAUGUACCCCAAACUCAAGCUGACACAAAAUUCCACACUGCCACUGAGUCCCGGGUCAUGACGACUGAGACACAAUCUCUGGAUGAGCCCCAGGAUAUGCCUGAGCCCCACCCGCAAGAGGAACCCCUGCCCCAAGAGCUUCCCCCGUCCCUAGCUCAGCCUGAGCCCCUAGUACAGCACCAACCUCCAGCUCAUCCCCAACCUCUAACAAAGCACCAUCCCCAACCCUCUCUUCACUCACCAAUGCAGACUCAGCCCCAAUCCCUGGCUCAGCCUGGUGCUCUAGCUGAGCUCCAGGCCCUGUCUCAGCCCCAGACCCAACCCCAACCCCAACCCCAACCGCAACCCCAAGCUCGUUCCCAUCCUCAGGGCAAGAUGCAUCCACAGCCAGUACCUCAGGUGCAUAUCCAGCAUUACUCAGAGUCCCAGCCUCCACUACAAACCUUCACAUAUGCACAGGCAGUAACUCGCUCAAAGCCCCAGCCUCAGUCACCGUCAGAGCCUCAGGUAGAGACCCAUCCCCAAACUCACGCUACAGUUCAUGCCCUAGUUCACGCCCAGGCAGUGUCUAAGCCUCUGUCCUACACUGAGGAUCCAGUCCCGCCUGACACUAAGGCCCCGGUCCAGCCUGUGCUUCAGACCCAACCUCAUGUGAUCACCCUGGAUAAAACUCAUUCUCAGACCCAAGUCAAGCCCCAUGUCCUUAAACAAGCAGGUGAUCAACAUUUCCCCCAGGCUGUGCUUGAGUCCUCCGUUCCUGACUACCAUUCCCAGAUCUCAGCACAGUCACAAGCUCAAAAGCUGCAGGCCCGUGCCAAGAAUCGUCCCUGGAUGCAAAAAAAGACCGAAACCCAGGCUUGGACACACACAACAGCAGUGCCAGAAGAGAAGAUCCAGCAUCAGCCAUUAUUCCAUACCCAGAUUCAGGUCCAGGCUCCACCCAAAGCCCAGGGCAAGAUUCAAACCCAGCCCCAGGUCCAUGUUCAACCCAAGGCCCAGGUCCAGGUUCAACCACAGGCCCAUGUCCAGGCUCAUAGCCUGGCCCGGGUCCAGGUUCAUCCCAAUGCCCAGGUCCAGGUUCAAACCCUCCAAGGUCAUGUCCAGACUCAACCCCAGGCCCAGAUCCAUGAUCAACCCAAGGCCCAGGUCUGGGCUCAACCCCAUUCUCAGUUCCAGGCUCAACCCCAGGCCCAUGUCCAGGCUCAUACCCAGACCCAGACCCAGGUUCAGGUUCAUCCCAAGGCCCAGGUCCAGGUUCAAACCCAGGCCCAUGUCCCUGCUCAUAGCCAGGCUCAGGUCCAGUUUCAUCCCAAGGCCCAGGUCCAGGUGCAAACCCAGGGUCAUUUCCAGGCUCAACCCCAGGUCAGGAUUCAACCCCAGGCCCAGGUCCAUUCUCAAACCCAGGCACAGGUCCGGGCUCCACUCCAGGCCCAGGUCCAUGUUCAACCCCAGGCCCAGGUCCAUGCUCAAACCCAGGCACAGGUUCGGGCUCCACUCCAGGCUCAGGUCCAUGUUCAACCCCAGGCCCAGGUCCAGGCUCAACCAAAGGCUCAGGUCCAGGCUCAAUCGAAGGUCCAGGCCGAGGAUCGUCCCCAGGCACAGGUGCAUGCUCAACCCCAGACCCAGGUCCUGACUCCAUGCCAGGCCCAGGUCCAUGUUCAACCCCAGGUCCAGAUACAGGCUCAACUAAAGGACCACAUCCAGGCUCGACCUCAGGCCCAGUUACAGGCUCAACCCCAGGACCAGGUCUAUGCUCAACCCCAGGCCCAGGUCCAUGCUCAACCCCAGGCCAAUACCCAGGCUCAACCCCAGACCCAGCUCCAGGUUCAACCUCAGGCCCAGACCCAUUCUCAAGCCAGUGUCCAACCUCAGCCCUGGUCUCAUUCUCAGACUGAAGUCCAAGUUAAACCUAAGGUCCAGGCUCAGGCUCAAGUUCAGGUCCAGCCUCAGUCAUGGGCUCAUCCCCAAACUGAAGUCCAAAUUCAGUCCAAGGCUCAGCCAUUAGUCUAUACCCAGAAUCAAGUGCAAUAUCACCCCCAGGCACAAGCUAAGAUCCAGCCUCAACCAUGGGUUCAUACCAGAACUCAAGGAUUGCCACAGGUUUAUCCACUAACUGCUCCUGAGAUCCAGGCUGAAACAAAGGUUCAAACCCAUCCUCAAAUCCAGCCCAAGCCAUUGACCCAGACUCAGGCACAAUCACAAAUCCAGCCCCAGCAGGGGUCUCAAUCUCAGGCACACACCCAGGCCCAGCCUAAGCCUUGGACACCAACUGAAAUCAAAACAUUUCCACAAACAUAUCCACCGACCCACAGACAAAUCCAACCUCAGACAUGGGUCCAGAGUCAGGACCAAGCGCAAUCCCAGGCAAAGACCCAAGGUCAUGUCCAGGUCCAGCCUCAACCUCAGGCCAAGUCUCAAGCUCAUGUCCAGGUCCAGGCUCAACCUGAGGCUAAGACCCUAGCUCAAGUUCAGGCCCAGACCCAACCUCAGGCCCAACCCCAGGCCCAGGCUGUACCCCGUACCAAGGCCCCAGCCUUGGCUCAGGCUCCACCUCAGGCUUACACAGAGGCUUAUAGCAAAGCACAGGCAUUGGCUCGAGACAGAUUUGAGGAUGCCAAACACUGCUUACAAGACCACAUCCUGGAGGCCAUUACAAUCUUCCAUGAUACACAAAUCUCAAAAAAGGAAAUGGAAAGAAAGGAGGAGACCCUGAAGGCCUUGGACCCUGAACUCCUUGGGGAGUUCCUGAGAGCAGCAGAGGGUAUGGAGGCUUUCUGCACUGUUGCUCAGCUAAGAGACCUGGAAUUUUUCACUGAGUCAGUGAGGACACAGUGGGAGGCUGUCCGUUUAGAGAUAGGAGCAUUUUUGAAGCACUUACGGUUUGAGAUUGUGCGAAGAGACUUUCACUCAGCUGCUUUGCAAUGUGAGAUGCAUAUUAACAAAGAGAGGUCCAGCGCUCACUCUAAUCUUGGUCACAAGCACCAGACGUGCUUCUCCUCGGAGGGCAACCUCCUCCUGGCCGGGCGGCAGCUGGAGGCGCUGAAGGAGCUGUGCGACACGCUGAGCCCCGAGGACGCGCACCGCCUGGCGCAGGCUCAGCUGCAGGAGUGCGAGAGGAGGCUCGCGGCCAUACAGCGCCAGUUCAGCGGAGACAGGGACUCGCUGCCUGGGCACCCUGUAGAGCUUGCUAAAGACAGGGCUGAGCACAGAGAGACUGCGAUGUUGUUAGACGCCCCACGUGACAAAGCCAGCCCUCAGGUUACCCAGGUGAUUAUUGGGGCAGACACAGUGGAGGUGAAGAAAGUUGAAAAAAUUGUAAUUGAAGAUGACCCAGCCAAACGGGAAGCAUUGGCAAGAUAUCAAGAUUCAAGAAUCACCUUCCAGGCCCAGCUGGCCAAAAACAAGCAGAGUCUCCAGUCAUUUCCCCCAGAAGUUGUCACUCCUGCUGACUUGCACACCCAACUGCAGGAUUUGGAGGCUCUGCAGAAGGAGACAGAACAGCUCUGGUGUGAGUUUGCGCUUCAGGGCACCCAGUGCUCCAAGUUUAAAGGUGAAGAGCAUCGAUUGGUGCAGGACAAGACUGAACUUAUGCAAGAGUGGCAAAGACAGCAGAUCUGUCUACAGGGGAGGAUAAAAUCCCUCCAGACGGCAGUUGGGCUGAUCGACCCAAGGGAGAAACAGAUCCGUCACAUCUCUGAGCGCCUGGACAACUACAUCAAGAAGCCUAAGGACGUCACCGCUUUCUCCCUCACUGACGCCAACUGUCUACAAGAUAUAAAGGACCUGGAGGAGGACAUCCAGCAGGAGAUGGACCAGCUGUCUGGACUGGCCCACGAGGACAGCCCGGCUCUGGGCGAGCUGGACCCGGAGGACAGGCUGCCGCUGAGCCGCGCGGCGCUGGGCUGCCAGCGCGCCCUGGACCAGCUGAGGCAGCAGGGCAAGAAGAGCGAGGCGGCCACACGGGCGCUGGACCGCUUCCUCAUGUCCCUGCGCACCGUGGGGCAGGACGUGGGCGGCACGCGGGCCGCGCCCUGCGAGGACGCCGAGGUGCUGCGCGACUGCCGCUCCCGCCUGGCGCACAUCCGGCAGAGCGUGCGCAGCAUGGCCGACAAGGCGCCGCAGCUGGACCGGCUGCUGGAGGGGGCGGGGCUCUGCGUCACCCGCGACGGCGCGCCCGCCUCCUGCCUGGACAUGGUGUCGGCGCUGGAGGAGAGGCUGGAGGAGGCGGACGGAGGCCUGGCCGGGCAGCAGGAGGGCCUGCAGCGGGAGCAGGAUACGCGCUCCCUGGGCCUGCGGAGGAGGGCGCUGCUGGGGGCGCUGCGGGAGCUCCAGGACGCCGCGGAGCGCCAGGGCGUGAGGGAGCCCACGCUGCCCGCUGUGCAGCAACGGAUGCGUGCCCUCACCGAUGUUGAGAGCCGGCUGGCUCCACACCGCACAGAGCUGUUCAAGCUGCGGGGCGCUGCUGAGGAGGGCGAUCAUACCCUGGAGGAGCUGGAGAGCCAAUGGGAGGACACCCAGAGAGCGGUGACUGAGGGGCUGGAGCAGUGCCGUGUGCUCAUGGAACUGCUGAAGAAGUUCCAGAACUGUCGCAGUCGCCUGAGCAACACGCUGCAGAGGGCGGAGCAGACCAUCAGUGAACAGGCUUCUUACAUGGGCAAGGAUAACCUGCAGAGGCUUAUAGCCACGGUUGAUGGCAUUAAGGAGGACUUGGGCAGUCUCGGGGAGGGGGUUGAGGAGAUCCGGGGGGUGUGCAGACAGCUGCAGUCCCAGCUGAAGAAGAUCCCCGAGUGCGCAGACGCCCCGUUCGAGAGCGAGGCCGAUGCCCUGGUGGACCGCUGGCUGGACGUGACAGAAAAGACAGACGCCCACAUGGACAACCUGCAUGUGGGGCUGGAACUGUGGGACAAGCUGCAGCUGCUGGGAGGCGAGGUUGACGGCUGGAUGGACAGAAAGAUGUCCAUGUUUGCUGAGAGACAUCCCUUCCAGAGUGAAGAUGAGGUCAUAGCGCUGCAGGAUGAGAUCCAGGCUCAGGAGGAGAACAUAGAGCGUUUCCACAGGAAGUCCUCCGAGAUCCAGCAGCUCCUCCAAACCAAAGAAUCUCCGCUGGAGCUGCAGGUGAUGGAGAGCCAGCUGAGGAAGAAGAUGGAGCAGGUGAAGGAGCUGUUCUCCGACAACAGCGACGUAUUUCAGGAGCUGAUGGCGGUGAGGCGGCACAUCGCCGAGCGGAUCUCCGAGUGCCAGUCUUCCCUGCAGGCCAUCGAGUCCGCCAUGAGCACUCUGAGUUCGUCAGAGAACCCACAGCUCCUCACCCAGGAGCUGUCGGAGCGGCUGCAGUCGGAGGCUGAGGAGGCGGAUUCCUUGCUCAAGGAGGUCAGCCUCAUGGGGAGCGUGGCCAGCCCUCACGCCCUGCAGGCCCUCAUGGACGAGGGGGCCCAGCUGAAGGAGAGCGUCCGCCACGCCCAGGAGCUGAUCAGUCAGAAGAAAGGGCAGGUGGAGAGAGGCCUCCUCAGGGCCAUCAAAGAUGAGUGCCAGGGCUUCGAAGAGUGGUUCCAGGACCUCCAGCUCUCUGUGAAUGAGUGCUUUGAGAACCCGGAGCAGAGGGAGGAUGUGGAAGCUUCUAUUCAGAGACUCACUCAGGGGUUCUUGGAGUUUAAGGAGGGGGAGAGGAGACUGGACCAGCUGAAAGAGCGUGUGGCCCAGGCAGGGGAGAAGCUCCCCUCUGAGCAGCUGGACCCUCUCGGUGUCUGGCUGCAGGACCAAGAGAAGGAGCUGACCACCUUCAGAGCGCACUGCCAGGAUCGACACAGCCACCUGGAGGACUGCCUCCAGACGCUCAACAGCUUGCAGGAGGAAUACAGCCAUGUAAACACGUGGCUGCAGGCAAGAGAACACAAGCUGGCUCAAGGGGAGGAGCUUAAUCACUUGCAUGAAGAGGUUCUCAAAGAAAGUGAGCGUGUAGAGGGCCUCAACAGCCUGGUGGUUGCAGUUCGUAGGAAAGGCCUGAGGAGUGAUAGACUGGUGAGAGAGAGUGAUAAGCUGCUGCAGCGGUAUCACAGUCUGCUGGCCCGGCUCAGCAGCCAGGCGGAGGCCCAGAGCGCCCUAGCCAGGGAGACUCAGGCCUUUGAGGCCCAGGCAGAAAGCACCAGGGCCUGGAUUGGAGACCUGCAGCAGCGGGUACACUCUCUGGACAAAGGCACUGUGGGGACGCAGGCGGAGAUUGAAGACAGACUGCAGAAAGUUCAGGCUCUUCUCAGUAACCGGUAUGAAGGAGAAUCCAAACUGCAGGACCUAAGGUGGACUGCCCAGAGGCUGUCCCAGCAGAAAGACCUGGAGGAGAACAGAAGGUGUGGAGUCCAGCAGACAGUGAGAGAUGCUGAGGAGCAGUGGAGAGGAGUCAUGCAGUCUGCAGAGGAGCUGCAGAAACAGGCGGAGGCCCAGAGCACCCUGGUCAGGGAGACUCAGGCCUUUGAGGCCCAGGCCGAAAGCACUAGAGCCUGGAUUGGAGACCUGCAGCAGCGGGUACACUCUCUGGACAAAGGCACUGUGGGAACGCAGGCGGAGAUUGAAGACAGACUGCAGAAAGUUCAGGCUCUUCUCAGCACCAGGUAUGAAGGAGAGUCCAAACUGCAGGACUUAAGGCAGAGUGGAGACAGGCUGUCCCAGCAGAAAGGCCUGGAGGAGAGCAGGAGGUGUGGAGUCCAGCAGACAGUGAGAGAUGCUGAGGAGCAGUGGAGAGGAGUCAUGCAGUCUGCAGAGGAGCUGCAGAAACAGGCGGAGGCCCAGAGCACCCUGGUCAGGGAGACUCAGGCCUUUGAGGCCCAGGCAGAAAACACCAGAGCCUGGAUUGGAGACCUGCAGCAGCGGGUACACUCUCUGGACAAAGGCACUGUGGGAACGCAGGCUGAGAUUGAAGACAGACUGCAGAAAGUUCAGGCUCUUCUCGGCACCAGGUAUGAAGGAGAGUCCAAACUGCAGGACUUAGGGCUGAGUGGACGGAGGUUGUCCCAGCAGAAAGGCCUGGAGGAGAGCAGGAGGUGUGGAGUCCAGCAGACAGUGAGAGAUGCUGAGGAGCAGUGGAGAGGAGUCAUGCAGUCUGCAGAGGAGCUGCAGAAACAGGCGGAGGCCCAGAGCACCCUGGUCAGGGAGAUUCAGGCCUUUGAGGCCCAGGCCGAAAGCACCAGAGCCUGGAUUGGAGACCUGCAGCAGCGGGUACACUCUCUGGACAAAGGCACUGUGGGAACGCAGGCGGAGAUUGAAGACAGACUGCAGAAAGUUCAGGCUCUUCUGAGUGCCAGGGGUGAAGGAGAGUCCAAACUGGAGGACUUGAGGCAGAGUGGAGACAGGCUGUCCCAGCAGAAAGGCCUGGAGGAGAGCAGGAGGUGUGGAGUCCUGCAGACAGUGAGAGAUGCUGAGGAUCAGUGGAGGGGAGUCGUGCAGUCUGCGGAGGAGCUGCUCAGGACGUUGGAGGGGCUUGUGGAGCGUCUGAUGUCCUGCCUGUGCCAAAAGCAGCAGGCCCAGGACCGGGUGGAGCAGCUCCAGCGGCAGACUGCGGAUCUCCCUCAGAGGUUCCCCUGGCCUGGGCUGGGUGACCGCCGACAGGCUGCGGAGCACGUGCGUAACCUGCUGAACCGCACCAGGGCCCUGACCCCUGCCUUGUCUGACCUCCCAGCCCGGGGUGCGGAGCUGUUCCAGCUCACUCAAGACCCCAGCUGGAUUGACCCUUCCUGGGGGGCCCUAGAGAAAUGUGUUCCCCCGCUGCUCAAAGACCUGACUGAUGCCUGUGGGAGCCUGGAAGAGGGCAUCCAGACAGAGCGUCUCUGUGCUCAGCUUGUGGAGCAGCACAGUGCUGCCCUGGACUGGCUUCACGAGCAAGUGCAAGGAAUAGGGGCACUGCCUAGUGACAGAGCCGGCCUACAGAGCACCAUUAACACGCUGAAGGCCUUGCUACAGACUGCUGACAGGGAAGAAAAGGAGAUGAAAGAGCUGGACGCUGUGAAAGCCUCCCUCCUGCUCCUGUGCACUCCGAGCGGCCAGACCUCCCUGCAGCAAGAGGUGGGGCGCAUGCAGGAGAGGAGGGCCCGCUUGGAGACGGAGGCCCGGGGCAGGCUGCGGGAGUGCGAGGCCCGGCUGCAGGGCCUGGAGCAGCAGCGGGGCGAGAGGGCCCAGAGACUGCGAGAGGAGGCCGCCGAUCUGCGGGGGGACCUGCACAGGCUGGGCCAGCGCAUGGACUACAGCAAGCAGCCUGCUGACAUUGGCCGCCUCCAGGACCAAUGGAACACCCUCAAGGGCUGUGAGAGACUGCUGGAGGAGCUGGGGCUUCGGGUGCAGGGUCUGCAGCAGGCCCUGGGGUCAGAGGUCGCCACUGAGGUGCUACCCGGGGAUGUGGUGUCUGACGUGGCUGCAGUGGCAGCGGAGCACGACAGACUGCGGACUCGGCUGUCAGAGAGGCUGGACAGCUGCGCACAGGAUAUUAUGCGCAGUUUGAGAGACUCUCUUCAGGCUCUCCAGCAGUGGAACGAGUCUGCCCACGCACAGCUGUCCUCCGGCUCUUCCCACAACACACAGCCUGUGCUGGAGGAGGGAGAGAGGCUGAGGCGCACCCUGCAGGGGGCGCUGUCACGCGGUCAGUUUCUGAAGGACUGUGUGGGGCUGGAGGAGAUGGACAGGCUGGGCAGGGACAGCUCAGAUGUCCUGAGGGACACUGGGGUUCACAUCUCCAACCUCACGCAGAGCCUUCAGAAGGGGAAACAGGAAGCACAUGAACAUGUGUCUGAAAGGCCCGCGUCAUUAGCAGAGCAGCAGCACGUGCUGGGUCUACUGGAUACACAGGUGCAGAAACACACACCUCAGAUUUGUCACAUGACCAAAGGAGUGGACAUUGCGGGAUUGCAGGCUGGAGACAUGCCUCGUGCUGAUAAGGAGAAGGUGCUGAGCCAACAAGACGUUUCUCUGUCAUCGCGGCCUGUUGAUGUCAGCGGCCGCAGAAAAGCCCCGCGUGAUCGCGAGAAGCGAGCCGGGCUUCGACCGGACACCUUGAGGAAGCGUGAUGAGGCGGCAGCACCUGACAUGCAACAGGGAAAGUCUUUCACGGCUGAGAAAGAAGAACCUGGAGCCAUGCUCAUUCUGGACACUGGGGUGCAUCAGAUUCAGACACACGGGACUGACACUCUGCAUGUUGGUCCCCUGCCCCGUGAGAACAUAGAGUACACGGCUACUGGAAAAACUGAGGCACCUGGCAAUGAGAUUCACCGUACUGGAGGACCACCGCAAGACAGCAUUGAGACUACAGUUACGGACUGGCGCGGCUCUGAGACUCAGGACCCUGGGAUGUCGAGGCCUGACAGAACGGACAUUGAAACUCGUCCUUCAAAGAAACAAGAUGCCAAGAUGGUAGAUACUCAGAAACAUGAUGAAAGAGAGCCGUGUGAAAGCAGAGAUACACAGCAUGUGGAGGAGGUUGGUGUCUGUCAAUUUCCAAAGACUCCUUCUCAGUUAAAUGAGAUGCAACAGCCUGACAAACCCAAGGGCUUUAAUGCUGGUAACUCUGUUAUGCUGAGCCUAGACACAAGGACUGAGCACCCAAAUGUCCCAGAUACUUACAACGACAGGGAGGAGCGUGAGAGGAUGCCGACUGUACAAUCAAAGAAAAUGGCCACGGUCGUCCUGGAUGCAGACACACUGCAUAUACAGACACCAGAGCCAUGGCAAUCUAAGAGCAGCGAUUCCCUGCGCAUUGUGUCCUCUGAAACGGGAGGGUUCGACACAAAAUGGACUCCAAGUCGAACAGCAGAUGCUAAGACGCAGCCGUCUGACAUUAAAGAGCAUGAGGAAGCAAUGUCUGGAGACACAGUAAAAUACACUCUCAGCUCACCCAGCAGUGCAGCCCCACACAAAGCAGCACAAGACAGGGCAAUGCAGCCAGCUGACGGCAAACAACCCAGUAAAGCAGAGCUAAGUUUUGUUCAUCAUCUGAGAAUGAUGCUGGACACAGAGUCACUGAAGGAGGAAGAGCCUCACCCUGUCCAGCCCCUGCCAGGGGAGAAAGGGGCUGAUAAGAUUAACCAGGAGGAAUCCACCCUGACCAGGCUCCCUGAACCAGUGCAAGGUGGAGCCACUGAACCCAGCCAGAUUAGAAGUACAGACAACCUCUGCAGCCCAGACACUCAGGAAAUACAGAGGAGGUACCUUGUGUUAAAUCUGCCUGAGGUGGCGGAGGUCCAGAAGGUUACUGAGAAGCCUGGGUCUCUACUCAUGGAGGUCCAGAUCCAUAUUGACCAACCCAGGGGACCCAAGGCAGAGUUCAGUGAAUCCACCCAGCUAGAUAGAGGCGAGGGUAGCAGAGUGAUCCCCACUGAUACUGCACAGCUAGACAGAGAAAAAGGAAUUAAAGUGAUCCCCAUGGAUACUGCCCAGCUAGAGAGAGAAACGAGCAAUAGAGUGAUCCCCACUGAUACUGCUCAGCUGGAGAGAGAAAAGGGCAAUAGAAUGAUCCCCACUGAUACUGCCCAGCUGGAGAGAGAAGAGAGUGUGAGAAUUAUGCAGACUGAUCACACCCAGCUAGAGGAAGCUAAGCCUGAUACUCCUGAGGUCCACAGACCAGUCUCUGAUACAGCAGUGGGGAGAACCACAGAGCCAUUGAAGAGGGAAGAGUGUCAUUCCAAGAAGAUCCACAUCCAGCCCAAGCCAAGGAAGAAAAAGGCUGUCAAGAUUAACCAGGAAGAAACCACCCUGACCAGGAUCCCUGAACCAGUGCAGGGUAGAGCCACUGAACCCAGCCAGAUUAGAAGUACAGACAACCUCUGCAGCCCAGACACUCAGGAAAUACAGAGGAGGUACCUUGUGUUAGAUCUGCCUGAGGUGGCUGAGGUCCAGAAAGUUGCUGCUGAGAAGCCUGGGGCCCUACAUGUAGAGGUCCAGGACCAUGCUGACCAAACCAAGGGACCCCAGGCUGAGUUCAGUGAAUCCACCCAGAUUGAGAGAGAACAGGGCAUUAGAGUGAUCCCCACUGAUACUGCCCAACUAGAGAGAGAAAAGGGCAACAGAGUGACCCCCACUGAUACUGCCCAGGUAGAGAGAGAAAAGGGUAAUAGAGUGAUCCCCACGGAUACUGCCCAGCUGGAGAAAGAAGAGAGUGUGAGAAUGAUGCAGACUGAUCUCAAGGCAGCAAAGCCUGACACUCCAAAGGUCCACAGACCAGUCUCUGAAACAACAGUAGGCAAAACCACAGAGUCACUGAAGAGGGAAGAGUAUCAUUCCAAGAAGAUCCAUAUGCAGCCUGAGCCUAGGGAGAAAGAGGUUGUCAAGAUUAACCAGGAUGAAACCACCCUGACCAGGCUCCCUGAACCAGUGCAAGGUGGAGCCACUGAACCCAGCCCGAUUAGAAGUACCAGCCUGGACACUCAGGAAAUACAGAGGAGGUACCUUGUGUUAGAUCUGCCUGAGAUGGCUGAGGUCCAGAGAGUUGCUGCUGAGAAGCCUGGGGCCCUACAUGUAGAGGUCCAGGACCAUGCUGACCAACCAAGGGGACCCAAGGCAGAGUUCAGUGAACCCACCCAGCUAGAUAGAGGAGAGGGUACCAGAGUGAUCCCCAGUGAUACUGUCCAGCUGGAGAGAGAAAAGAGCACUAGAGUGAUCCCCACCAAUACUGCACAGCUGGGAAGAGAAGAGAGUGUGAGAAUGAUGCAGACUGAUCACAAGGCAGCAAAGCCUGAUACUCCUGAGGUCCUCAGACCAGUCUCUGGAACAACAAUGGGAAAAACCACAGAGUUUGCUGAGAGGGAAACUGUAAAGGCCUCUGUGCCAGAGUCUGCCGCAGGAAAGGACAGAACACUAGAGCAAGCCAAGCAGCCCGAGGCUGAGAGAGAGCACGCUGAGACUCCCAAGACUCUGCAUCCAGAGAAUAGGGAGGCUGUAGCCCAAGGCAGUGGACAAAUUAAGGAAAAAGUGGAGAGUAUGAGGCUGCCACUCAUCGGUACAGCCCUGGCUGAGCCAGGACUGUGCCCCUCAGUCACUCCAGCAGAGCUUUCGGGUGGCAGAGAGAACAGGAACCUGGAAGGAAUCAAGUCACCACAGAGCAAAGAAGAGAACACAAUGAAACAGCCGGAUUCAAGUGAAGCAAUUCAGGAAGUACCUGAGGAGGGGGCUUCUGUAGCUGGGGAUAUUAGGAAGAGGGAGGACCUACCCCUGGAACUGCCACAUGGACCAACCAUGCAGGAGACCUUCAAAGAGAUACAGCAGCUGGUAGAAACAGGACCCGAUAACUUUGUCAUUGGGGGAAAGCCUCUGUGGGAACCUGUGGGGAGUUUGGACACGUCACGCAAAGACCUGGACACCCGACUGAGCCACGUGGUCUUCCGGAUUCUUAAUAGUCGAAACCGGCCUGCCCAGCUCAACACCACAGGCAUGACCCAGCAAGUAGAAGAGGCUGAGGACUGCAGACAGUGUGCCCAGGAGCAGCUGGCAGUCUUUUCUCAGAUGUGUGAAGACAGGGACUCGGAUGAUGCUCAGCACGUGGAAGGACAGUGGAGCGCUGCUCUGUGGGACGCCUCUGCCGCCGUGCAUGCCAAGGAAGCCCAGCUUCAGCUCGUCACGCUGUACCACGAGCAGACGCUGGCUGCUAAAGCUACUCAGGAGAAACUGGAAGCUGAGCUGGAUGCACUGAGAGCACUCCCUGUGGGAAGCUCCGCGCAGAAAGCGGAAAAACUGCGUGCUGUCCUGUGGGACAUGGAGCAGGAGAGGACUGUGAUUGGAGAGCUGCUCCAGACAAGCGCCAAACUAUCUCCCUACCUGAGUCAAGCAGACAGGCUGGUGGCGCGCACACAGCUGGAGCACCUGCAGGGGGAAUGGAGAGCACUGGCUAGGGCUGCGGAGAAGGCGCUCCAUCAGGUUUCUGUCCAGAUUCAAGAAAGCGGCGAUCUUCUCCAGGAAGCACAUGAGCUUCAGGACCAGCUGGAAGCUCUACAGAAAUCUCUGGGUCCACCCCAGCUCUCGACCGAAGAGUGGGACAGCCAGAGGGCUGGACAGCUGAUGAUCAUGGGCUCUGCCCUGACAGCUGCCAACCAGCAUUACCAUCACCUGCAGCAGCAGACCUCUGAUGCUCUUUUCCAAAGAUUUCAGGGAGAGAAGGAGCGGAGGGACAUUGAGCAGGCCCUCCAUGGUGUGAAGGAACAGGUGGAUAAACUACAAGGACAGAUUUCCAGGCAAACUCCCAGCAGCAGCAACACCACCUUGGGUAAAAUCAUGAAGGUUAUGCAGGAGGCCUUUACCUGGGCAAAGCAGACAGAGUGUGACAUUGAGGCAAGGAAGAAGGUGGUGCUUCUCCCAGAGGGGGUCCACAGUCAGAUCAAAGGUCUUAAGAAGCUGCAGUCAGAGAUCUCAACCAAGCAAUCCCAGCUAGAGUCAUUUGUGGAGGAGGUGAGAGAACUUAUCCCUGAUUUGGAUGAGAAGGACACUCCUAUGGUGCUCUCCUCACUCAAAACUCUGGAGAGUUUGGCCAAGUCAACUGCUGAGAAGCUGGCUCGGGCCCUGCAAGACAUGGAGUCGGGCUUGCAGACAAGGGAGAAAAUGUCUGAGCAGAUUGUCGAUGUUGACUCCUGGGUGGUGGCCCAUGUCCAUAAAGAGACCAUCAGGGAAUCUAUUAGCAAAGGGAACACAGCAGACUUGGAGCGCAAGCUCCGGCAGCUCCAGGAGACAUUGAAGGAAGCAGAUAAACAGGCAGCAGUAACAGAGGCCCUUCUGAUGAGGAGUAGAGACAUUGCCCCAGAGCUUACCGUUAUUGAGAACUGUCGACUCAAUGACAAACUCAUAAGCCUUCAAGAGGACAUCAAAGAUAUUAUCAGCUGUGAAAAAGCAAACUGUCAGGAGCUAGAGAAGCUGCUCCAAGCACAGGACUCUUCACGUAAGAAGCUGUCCUCAGUGGAAACAAGCUUGAGACAGAUGUUGGUAGACUUGAACAGGUUUAGGUUUCCGAUAACCAGAGACUCACUGUGUUCUAUAGAGCCUAUAAAACACAUGAUUCUGGAGCAGAAAUGUCAGGUGGACCAACUCUCUCACUGCAAGGAAGACAAAAGGAAAGAACUGCUGUGUACAAUUGCUGAGAUACAGGACAAGGUGAACUCACUGGGCCAAAAGGCUGAGCAGCAUGAAAGAUAUUUAAACUGCAGGCAGCGCUUAGAGGACCUGAAAGAAAAAGUAGAGGCACAGGUCCUUAAGGUGAAAGAUGAAAGCAUCAGCAAGGAAGAGAGGUUUAAGGGCUGCCAAGCCCUUCUCAUUCAGUUACCUCUAGUCAAGAACCUCUGCAAGGUGGCUGAAGUAGAGCUGCAGAACAUCUUAACAGAUCUCUACCCAACCCAGCUGAGCUCUGAACGCCAGAGGCUCCGUCAAGUCGCAAACAGCUUCUCCACCUUGGAGCUGACUGUCUCCAAUGACACUAGCAUCCUGGAGUGGGCCCUGCUGAACAGCCUCCACUGCCCCACAGAACACAAGGCCAUGGGGGAGUUUCUCAGACACGCCAACCGGGAACUGGAGCAGCCAACCCCAUUGCCGUUGGAAGAGCAGGCCAUUGAUAGAGAGUUGUUGAAGUGUGCGACUCUUCGGAGGAAUGUGGAGUCUAGAGCAAGGGUGCUGGAGGCUUUCGAACCCAGGAAUGGAUCCAGGCAGAAGGGGCAGGAGCAGAAGAAUGCAGAUCUGGCAGACCUGAGGAAGAAGACUCUGAGUGGCUGUGAGAUGCGAAUGGAGAACUUGUCUCAGGCACGAGAGAUGUUAGGAGAUUACAGCAGGGCUGUCGGAAGUGCGGUCGCAUUCCUGCAAGAAGCCGAGUCCAGGCUCCACCUCCCUCUUGACUAUGCUGGGAGCUGCCCAGAGGAGCUGCAGCGCACCCAGCAGGCCCUGGCCUCCCUGGAUGAGCAGUUCCAGUCCCACAUCACCCAGAUCCAGGCCCUGGUACCACAGCACAGCUGCCUCUCUUCCUACCAGGCAGAGCAGCUCCACAGCACGGUCCUAAGCCAGCUUCUUGUACGGGUUUCCACACUCCAGGCCCAGGCCCAGCGCAGAAUGGAGACGCUUCAGAAAUGUUCCAAAAAGCAGAGAAUGUACAUAAAGUGUUAUAAGGAGAUCUGCCAGCGCUUGAAGACAGUACAAGCUUCUCUUUCAGACUGCAUCUCCUACAAUGCAAUCUCUUAUAAAGCUUGCCUAGAUCAGCAGGGAAAACUGAAGGUGCUGGUGCUGGAGGUGGACUCCCUCGCUGGGAGGCUGGGGGAGCUGAAGGAGUGGUGUCCGGAGCGGGACUGCAGCAGGGGCAGAGAGGAAGCUGUGAGCACCCUCUGGAGAGACUGGGCGAGGCUGGAGCGAUGUGCCCGCUACCUGAAGACUCGCUCAGAUCAGAAAGGAGCAGAGUGGAGAGACAUCACUAAGAGCGUGGAGAAGGCCACUGUCAUUCUGGACCAACUGCAGGAUGAGUUGCCGGAGUGCUCCAGGGAAACGGCCACCCAGGAGGAGCUGCAGGAGGUGCUGGCAUGCAUGGAGCAGUACCAGGACCGUCUGGACUGUGAACACCGCGCUCUGACCGCUCUGGAGCUCCGAGCCGCGCGCCUCCUGGGUGUCCCUGCCCAUCAGGAACUGUCUCCGCCAAUCCCGCUCUGUCAGGAGCUGCAGACAAUGCAGGGAAGAUACAAGAACCUGAAAGAGAAGAGCAUGCUGGGCCGGCAGGCGGUGCAAUCGGAGGUGCAGGAGCGGGAGCGGGUGAAGGAGGAGAUCGGCGGGGUGAAGGAGUGGCUGGUGGCUGCCGUGUCCCUGCUGUCUGUAAUGGAGGACCUCCCCAGCACUCAGGAACUGCAGGAGGUGCAGGCACAGUUGUGCUCCCAGAAGGCUGUGCUGCAGAGCAUCAUGGAUGGCCUGAAGAUGAAGUACUCUGACAUGUACACCCUGGUUCCUGUGGAGAUUGAUGGACCGCUGCAGGAGGUCAAUCGCUCACUGCAGGAGGUGGAAGAAAAGGUGGGGGAGGCAGUGGAGAAGAGUGGGCCUCUGUGCAGGCUGGGUGGCAAGGUGGAGGAGAUCAGGGUGGGCCUGCAGGUUGUCCUGGCUUCACUGGAGAAGAGGUGCCCCUCAGUGGCAGAAGCUGAGAGUAGACAGAAGCGUGUGUGGGAUGAGCUGGACAGGUGGCACUCCCGCAUGGCAGCACUAGAGGUAGAGGUGCAUGACAUAGCAGACGACCUUCCGGAGGAGGCCCACAUCCUGACGGAUAAACUGAUGGAGACGCUGCAGCUCUACCAGCAUGUGGCCAAGCAGGCUGAGCAAAGGACUGCCUUUCUCAGCAAGAUCCAUACUUGCCUCCAGGAGCACGAGGAGAUGAUCAACAGCUCGAACAGCUGGCUGAUUGAAGCUCACGCAUGGCUGACUGCGCCGUGUACCUACACCACCGCCAACUGUCUCAGCAGCCACGUCAACGCCCUGCAGAUGGUGCUGGACGACUCGGAGCAGAUGAGGAGGACCCUGCAGACCUUUGUGGCGGUGCUGCAGGAGGUCAGCUCCGUGUGCGACAUGACCGCCCAGGAGGAGCAGCUGGCCCAGGCUGACCAGCGCGUCGCCAGCAUGCAACAGAGCAUUGCGCAUCAGCUAUCGCAGUUCCAACAUGCCGCUGAGGAGGUGGAAGCCAUUGAGUCGGAAGUGGAAAAGAUGGAGAAAAACUUGAAUAAAUUUAGAGACAUUUUGUCCUCCCAAGACUCCGCCCCUUCCCCUCCAGAAGAACGCUGUGGAAAUAUGCAGAUGAUCUUGAAUGAUAUUGAGUCGAUGAAGAGGACUAUGGCUGAGAUCCAAAGCUGCAAGCCAGGCCUGUGUCUGCCGGAGGGAGCAGAGGAAUCGCUGACCAUAUUUCACAGAGCCAAACUUCUGCUUCAGCAAAUCCAGUCACUGGAGCAGAUGAUCUAUCAGCAGAACCCAACACUGAAGGUGGCCAUUGAGCAGCCAGUGGAACUGGAAGAGCUGUCUACCUCUACCUCAGAAGAGGUCAUAGUCCCCAGUCCUACCCUGUCCAUUCUUGAAGAAAUGCAGGACAAUGACGCAGAGGUGGGACAGAUCCGGAUCGUACAUGUUGAAGAGGAUGUUCUGAAAAGAUCCGGGGCAUCUCUGUUGACAGUGGAGGUGGGGUCCAGUCCAGAACAGAGACUGAGCUGGGGGUCAGAGAGGACUACACAGCAGGAGGUGUGGUAUAUGUCACUGUCUGAAGAGGAAGAAGACAGAGGAAGCUCCCACUCCUCGUCCUCAGAAACGCUCACUUUCAGUGUUCCGGAGGAUCCAGACGAGAUCUUCACAGGCGAGGAGCAGGCCAGCAGGCCGACUUCAGACGCCUCCUUGGAGCACAGCCUAGGAAGAGACGAAGUGUUUGAUCCCCAGCCUGAUUCUUCCACAAAGGACAUAGUGGGACUCUCUCUCCCUACAGGAGCGAGCGAGACUGAAGCUCAUUCAAAGCCUGUGGCCACAGUCAGAACACAGGCCCUCCCUCAAAGCAUGGAGCUCUUGGGACAGAGUGGGCUUGCAUGGCGGGGGGAGGAUAGCCAGCCAGAGCGGCUGAAGACACAGAGCCAAGACACGCACAGCACACACAGACCGGCGGGCGACAGACCUGCCGCGUUCACGCUUAGAGACGUGUCGCACGCGCUUCCACACACUGCCGGCGUCGCUCUAGAGGCCCCAGACAUUGACACCCGGCACUCCACACAGCUUACACCCUCGCACACUCGAGACUCUGAUUCGCUGAUUAGGGACACGCAGCGCAGCACGCCUACACCUUCUGAGGUAGCGUACGGACAGGCCCGAGACACUGAAGGGGCUACUGAGGACACUCCACCUGCUCCGGAGGAGGACACCGGUCUCCUGAAGACACAGAGGAAACAGACUUCCCCCGUGUGCUCCCACAGCACGGAAACAAAGCCUCCAGAGAGGGAGAGUGUACACAGCACACACCCCCUAAGUCAACACGCGAACACGCCUGCCGACCCGACAAGGCGAACACAUUCGCAGUCUGCGGAUGGCUGUAUCCGGCCAUCUCUGUCCGAAGACUCUGCCGCUCCUGAGCACGCGGUUCUCACGCAGUCUAGGGACACGGAGCGCGAGCACACGCAGUCUCAGGACACACUCAGGCUUCCCCAGGACGGUGCAGACAGCAUGCGUCCAGCUGCGCUCCUGGCCUCAGGUGAGACCUGCCCCGCUCAGGGAGCGCUUCAUGCCUGUCGCGAGCAGGCCGCCCAGCUGGAGCUUUGGCUGGAGGGAGCCCGCCGGAGCCUGGGAGCCCCGUUGCCGGCCGCGGCCAUGCAGGACAGCUUCGAGCAGCAGCUCCUCAGCUGCCAGGAGAUGUUCUUGGAAAUAGAAGCGAAGGUUGCCAGCCUGUCAGACCUGGGCCUACAAGAGGCUUCCAGUGAGACACACCAUCAGGUGGAGGCCCUCUCAUCUAGACUGGAACUGCUCAAAACCAGUCUGGUCACCUUCCAGCAGUUACUCCAGGAGAGACAGAAUGUGGAACAGGAGAUUCAGCAUUCAGAGCACCUUCAAGGAAGUGUGUUGAAGGGCAGUGCCAGUGUCCACGAGAUGCUGACCUCCACCAAGGGCAAACUCAUCAGACAGAACAGUUUGCAGCAGCAGAGGGAGCUGGAACACGAGCUGAGUGAACAGAGGGACCUGACCAAGGCCAUCGCGAGGCAUGGCAGCCGGUCACGUCUGCACAGCCUAUCACAGGACAGCCAAGCGCAGACACCCCCAGGAUCUCCUGCUGUAGUUCCAACUGCCCAUACUGACGGUGAAGAGGGAUUCAUAUCUGAGGAGAUGUGGGCACACCUUCACACCCGUCUGACUGCCAAACUGCAGGCCCUGGAGGAGAGUGCAAAUCUAGGCUCAUCUGAGGUGACAGGUGCAGUGGUUGCCGCGGGUAGCAGCGCGAUAGUGAGAGAUCUCGGAACACACACUUCGCAGGAGCUGCAGUCACACACCGUACGCCUUCGAGAGCUUGGCCAGCUGGCCAUUACAUCACAGACACAGGCCAGCUCAGAAGGGGAUUCCGGUCUCACCCUGGAGGAGGAUUUGUACCACGUGCUGUGUGGAGUGGAUCUGUCGCUUUGCUCUGUCACAGACCUGCUGCUGUCCCCCUGUGGGACGUCCCAGGAGGACGACCAGCUCUAUCUGCUGCAGCUGGAGAGCCUGGCUGUGGAGCUGGACAGAGUGGGAAAUGAGUUGAGUUGCCAGGAGCCAGGGGUCCGGAGCGCUCUGGGUUCAGCGGCUCCCCAAGUUUCCCCCUGUCUGCAGUGUCUGCAGAGCCGCCUGUCCAUCAUCCAGACGGCCCUCCCCUCCAGACAGGCCCAACUGCGAGCUCGCCUGGACCUCGCCGAUCAGUGCCAGAGAGAUAUAAGAGGAUUGCAUGAGUCCUUGCUUGGUAAAAACUUGCUUUUGAACCAAACAAUUAAUGAAGCUUCAGGUCACGACCCUGGCAAACAGUUUCAGGCUGUUGAGCAGUUCCAGUUGGAGGCGCUGCUGCAGGAGAACCAGGUGUCUGCAUUGAAGGAGAGGGUAGAGAGCAACAGCCUACCCACAUCUCUCAUUGAGGAGGUUCACAAGCUGGAGGACGUGCUGGAUAGCGCCUGGAGCUCCUUGCGGGAGAGGCAGGAGGGGCUGAGGGAGAGCCUGGACCUUCAGCAGAAGUACGAGGGGCUGCUCCAGGGGCUGGCCAGCCUGACAGAGCUGGGCCGAGAGAGGCUGGGCCGCAGCCAGGGCCUGGUGGAGCACAGUCGCACUGAGCUGCAGGACCACCUCAGCAGCCAUAAGGGUUAUUUUCAGCGUUUGGGAUCGUACCUUGCUGCGGUGAAACACUUCUCCUCACGGGUCCCUGACAGUGUGCUGCGCGGGCAGGAAGCCGCGAUGGCGCAGCUGGAGCAGGAUAUCGGCGCUCUGCGGCGGCAGGCCCUGGAACACGGAACGCAGAUGCACAGAACGCUGCAGAUAUGGACACAGUGGGAGGAGAACUGCAGCGGAUUGGGGAGGCUCCUGCAGGAAGUGGAGUCCAGGCUGCCCAGCGUGGGCCUGGUGGAGGAGACCGAGGAACGCCUGCGGGAGAGGCUGUCCAUCUACCAGCAAAUGAAAGGAGUGCUGGAGGAGAGCGGGGCCCGGCUGUGCCUGGUCCUGGAGCAGGGGCGGGGGCUGCAGGGGGGCGGGCGGCGGGAUGUAGCCGCUGCCGCGCGGGAGCUGGAAGCGCGCUGGACGGCCGUGCGGAGGAGAGUGGAGCAGGACGGCCUCCGGGUGGACAGGCUGCGGAGGAUCUGGAGCAGGUUCCGGCGUGAUUCAGUGGCACUCAGUGAGUGGAUGGGCGAAGCCAGAGAGCGUCUGCAGUUGUGGAGACAUCGCUCUGUCACAGUACCACAGGACCUGGAGCAAAUCCGCACUCACCUCGCCCAGUUCCUGGAGUUCACCAAGGAAGUGGAGUCCAGAUCGGCUCUGAAGGCGUUGGUGGUCGGCACGGGCACGCAGCUGCUGCUGCUGAAGGACACCGACACCGCCUCGCUGCAGUCGCAGCUGACGCAGCUGGAGCAGGGAUGGGCCCAGGUGCAGUCCGCUCUGCCCGCCAUCCAGGAGAGACUGCACCAGGCGUUGAUGGAGAGGCUCCCGUCACGCGACGCAAUAACAGAGCUGAACACCUGGAUCAGCGAGAGGGAGGUCAGCCUGGAGGAGGGGCUAAAAAGGCUCCACAGCCACAAGGCCUCAGCAGCCAGCCUCACCCAGGAGCUCCAGCUGCUCAAGGAGUGCAAGUUAGAGAUCACCUGCUGCCAACUCACUGUGGACUUCGUCAACCAGUCGGUCUUACAAAUCAGCAGCCCGGACAUCCAGACCAAGCGCUACGAGCGCACUCAGUUUGCAGAGGAGCUGGGCGCUCUCAACGAGCGCUGGCAUCACCUACAGGGGGCACUGAGCUACCAGACUAGACAUGUGGAACAGCUACUGCACAUCUGCGCAGACAGGGAGAAUAAACUGCAGCAUCUGCGCCACUGGGUCAUUGGCCAGAGGGAAAGGAUGCAAUUGGUCGAGAGGCCUGUCAGUCGUUCUUCAGCAGAGAAAGCCCUGAAGGAGUGUGUGGAGACGGAAGAAAAGCUGAAGUUGAAACUGGCAGAACUGCAGGUGCUGGGAGAGGCCUGUCUGUCCCAGGAUGAAGGCACAGAGCAGGAGCGUGACUGUGAAUUCAUCACGCAGACGGACGCUGUCAAUCAGGCCUGUGCAGCUUUGAGUCAACAGGUGGUGGAGCUGAAGCUGAGGCUGCAGCAGGUGCUGGAGCGGUGGGGUCUGUUUGAGCGACAGCUGAGUGAGGCCGUGCUCAGCACAGCCCAGGCCCACUACACACUGGAGCAAGAGCGAACACCCCCGCUCUCCCUCAGCGCUCUCCAGAGCCAUGCCAAUCAACUGCAGCUCCUGCGGGACGAACUGGAGCAGGGUGAGACAAAGUGGGACGCUCUGACCGGGACCUAUUCCGCAUUAAGGGACGUGGUCAGUCCUGCUGCUGCCCUCCUCCUGUCUGAACAGCUCGAGGGGGAGCAGACACGGUGGAGGGCGGUCAUUCAAGAGCUGACCGACGAGCUGCUCAGAGCUCAGGGACUCCUCCAGCGCUGGCAAGGCUACAGUCGUCUGUUCGGCGCCAUUUCGUGCCGUCUGAAGCGGCACGAGGAGGAAACCAAAGAGCUGCUGAGUGCUCCGCCCUGCCAGUACAGCACUGUGGAGCUGGCACAGGCCCGGGUGGGGGCCAUUAACGGACUGCAAGCGAGCAUAGAUGACCUGCAGAGUAGCAUGGAGGAGGUGCUGGAGGCUUCGAGAAACCUCAUAGGACAGAUGGAACCAGGAGCUGCCGUCUUCAUCCAAUCAGAGAGCCGUCUGCUGGCACGCAGUGUUCUGCAGUUGGGCGAGGCACUAGCAAGGAGAAAGGAACAGCUACAGGAGGAACUGGAGCAGCUGCAGGAGCUCAGUAGCAGCUUGGAGUUCCUAGAGAAGCACUUGAAAGACUGUGAGGACAGAGUGACUGGAGCUGUGGACAUCAGCCACAAGGAUGUUGCUAAGACGGACCUGCUAGCGCUGAGCGCCCUGUCUCCGGACCUGGAUGCCUUGAACGAGCUGAGCUACCGGCUGGCCCUGAGCGACCCGGUUUCCCGCCGGCUGCAGAGUCUGAACAGGCAGUGGGCUCUGGCCUCCUCCCUUGCCCUGGAGCAGCGCAGCGAGCUGCAGACAGAGGUGCUGAGGCAGCAGAGCUUUGAGCAGAAGUGCGAGAGCUGGAUGGGUUUCCUGCAGGGCAUGGAGGACAACCUGGCCGUCGACAUCGCCGGGAGCUACCCUGGACUAAGGGAGCAGCUUCGCAUACACCAGAGGUUUCAGGUGGAGGUGUCCAUCGGUCAUCAGAUUCUGCACUCGGUCAUCAAUGAGGCGCUUAAAUUACUGGAGAGAGGCGAAGUGGAAGACAGGAGUGACUUCAUCCUGAAGCUGUCCCAGCUGAAGGAGCAGUGGCAGGGGGUGGUGCGCCGGGCGCAGCAGCGCCGGGCCCUGGUGGACGGGCUGGCGAGGCACUGGCAGCUUUACGCUCGCAGUCUGAGGAAGCUGAGGAGGCUGCUCAGCGACGCCCACGCCCUCCUGCCCCCCGCCGGCCCUGCGCACUGCAGCCUGGGCCAGCUGCACUCCUCCCUGGAGGACCUCAAGCACAUGGAACUACUGUUCCAUCGCCACCAGAGCUGCUACAUCCAGACCCUGGAGGUUGGCAGGCAGCUCUUCUCCAUGGGCGAUGCACAGACUCAGGCCCAGCUGCAGGCAGAGCUGGGGGCCCUGCAGGAGGACUGGGAGCGCUCACACAGCCUUCUGGGAAAGAGGAGGACCCUCAUCUGCACAAUAAUACAGACCUGGGAGCGCUGUGAGGCCAGGCUAGCCAAUCGCAGGCGCAAGCUUGAGGAAAUGAAGUCCAGGCUGAAGCAGCUGCUGCCAGAGCACCCAGCAGAGCUGCAGACUGCCGAACAGCUCACUCAGGAGGCAGAGGACUCGCUAGAAGACUGGGCUCAGAGCCUGACGGAGCUGGCCACCAUGAAGACGGACCUGUCCCAGUACAUCAUCGCCGACGACGUGGUGCUGCUCCAGGAGCAGGUGGAGCAUCUGCGCUGCCAGUGGGAGGAACUGUGCCUGAAGGUGUCUCUACGUAAGCAGGAGAUUGCUGACCGGCUCAAUGCCUGGAUCAUCUUCAAUGAGAAGAACAAGGAGCUUUGCGAAUGGCUGACGCAGAUGGAAAACAAGGUGGCACACAAUGCCGAUCUGAGCAUCGAGGAAAUGGUGGAGAAGCUGAAAAAGGACUGCAUGGAGGAGAUUAACCUCUUCAGUGAAAACAAGACCCAUCUGAAACAGCUGGGGGAGCAGCUGAUCACCGCCAGCAACAAGACCAAAGAGACGGAGAUUAACGACAAGCUGAAGGACAUCAAUGACCGAUGGCAGCACCUGUUCGACCACAUCGAGGCCAGGGUGAGGAAGCUGAAGGAGACGCUGGUGACGGUGCAGCAGCUGGACAAGAACAUGAGCAACCUGCGCACAUGGCUGUCCCGCAUCGAGGCCGAGCUGGCCAAGCCCGUGGUCUACAGCGUCUGCCACAACGACGAGAUCCAGAGGAAGCUCGCCGAGCAGCAGGACCUGCAGAGGGACAUUGAGCAGCACACGGAGGGCGUGGCUUCGGUGCUCACCCUGUGCGACGUGCUGCUGCACGAUGCGGACGCCUGCGGCAGCGACAUGGAGAACGACUCCAUUCAGCAGACCACGCGCAGCCUGGACCGCCGCUGGAGGAACAUCUGCGCCAUGUCCAUGGAGAGGAGGAUGAGGAUUGAAGAGACAUGGCGACUCUGGUGUAAGUUCCUGGAUGAUUACUCCCGCUUUGAAGACUGGCUCAAGACGGCCGAGCGUACUGCCGCGAACCCCAACUCCGCCGACGUCCUCUACACCAGCGCCAAGGAGGAGCUCAAGAAGUUUGAGGCCUUUCAGAGGCAGGUCCACGAGCGACUCACCCAGCUGGAACUCGUCAACAAGCAGUACCGGCGCCUGGCGCGGGAGAACCGCACAGACGCCGCCAGCAAGCUCAAGGUCAUGGUGCACGAGGGGAACCAGCGCUGGGACAACCUGCAGAAAAGAGUGGCAGCCAUCCUGCGCAGGCUCAAGCACUUCACGUCUCAGCGGGAGGAGUUUGAGGGGACGCGGGAGGCGAUCCUUGUGUGGCUGACGGAGAUGGACCUACAGCUGACCAACGUGGAGCACUUUUCUGAGAGCGACAUUGAUGACAAGAUGCGACAGCUCAAUGGAUUCCAGCAGGAGAUCACACUCAAUACCAACAAAAUCGACCAGCUCAUCGUGUUCGGCGAGAACCUGAUCCAGAAAUGCGCCCCUCUGGACGCCGUGCUGAUCGAGGAUGAGCUGGAGGAGCUGCACUCGUACUGCCAGGAAGUCUUCGGCAGAGUGGCCCGCUUCCAUCACCGCCUCACCAGCCGCCGCCCGAUGCUGGAGGAGGAGCGGGAUCUGUCGGACCGGGACACGGAUCUUGAGGAUUCGGGGGAGCUGGCGGGGGGCUCUUGGCAGGAGGAGAAGGACGGUUCCUCCGGGGACUCCCCCAGUCGCCGGGCCGUGUGCCACCUGCUGGCCCCGCCCCUGGAACGGUCGGGCCGCGAGACACCCGUCAGCGUGGACUCAAUCCCUCUGGAGUGGGACCACACCGUAGACGUGGGCGGAUCUUCCUCACAUGAGGAUGACGAGGAGGCCACCUUCUACAGCGCCCUGUCAGAUGUAGAAAUCACAGAAAGCCCAGAAUCCUUUGUUAAGGCAACUACCAAAGCAUUGAGAGCAGCCUCUGGAAAGUCCGUAGCAGAACCCCCCAGCUGGCAUUCCCCGGACUCCCAGGACAGGAAGCGUCUCCACAGGGACCUCAUCCGUGGACUGGGCUCCUCCCCCACACAUACCAGCACUCCCUACCAACAGGGUUAUGCCAAGCUGAUGAGCGAGUGCAGCGGGAGCAUCGAAAGCGUGAAGAGGGUGAAACUGAUCCUGAACGACGACGAGCUCUCAGAAGAGCAGGGCCUCACUAGCCUUACUACUGCAGACAAACAGUCAGGGGUGAUUGGGCGAUGGGAACUGCUUCAGGCACAGGCUCUGAGCGAAGAACUGAGGGUCCGACACAACCUGCAGCAGUGGCAGCAGCUGAACUCUGACCUCAGUAACAUCACUGCCUGGCUGGGGCGGGUGCUGCCGGAGCUGGACAGACUGCGGAAGAUUGAGCCGCCCACCACUGUCCGUGACAUGGAGGGCAACAUCAAGGAGCUGAAGGAUAUGCAGAAGAUCUUUGAAAAAUACAAGGCGGUGAUGAUUUCAGUCAACCUGAGUGGGCGGGACUUCCAGCAGGGGGACAGUGCCGAGACUCGAGAGCUGGAGACAGCUCUGCGCAGCGUGAACCAGAGCUGGAUGAAGGCCUGCACGGCCUUAGACAGCUGGGAGUCACAGCUGCAGAGCAGUCUCAUGAAAUGCCAGGAGUUCCAUGAAACUCUCCAUUCCCUGCUCCUGUGGCUGGCCCACGCUGAGAGCCGGCGCUUCGUGGUCAACAUCCACGACCCGUCAGUGGAGCCGUCUGUGCUGAGGGAGCACAGUGCCACACUCAGGGGCCUGGAGAAGGAGCUGCUGGAACGGCAGCAGGAGGUGUCCUCCCUGCAGGCCAUCUCCUCCCGGCUGCUGCUGGAGGCGGAGGGCGAGGACAGCACGGAGGCCAAGGAGAAGGUGCACGUCAUCCGCAACAAGCUGCGUCUCCUGCUGCGCCAAGUGGGCCACGACCUGCAGGCGCUGCACGGGCGGCUGGACUCUGGUUCUCUUUCUGGUCCCGACGCUGAAGUGGACUACGGUGGCCUGGGAGCAUCCGGCAACCAGCACCCUGUCUCUAAGGAGGUGGCUGGAGAGAGAACACCUGGAGUGAAAUCGCCAGGAGACAGAAGGGAUGAGAAGAGAGAUUCGUCCCCGCCCAGGUCCUUCUUCUACCGGGUGCUGCGGGCGGCCGUUCCCCUCCACAUGCUCCUCCUGCUGCUGCUGGUGCUGGCCUGUCUGGUGCCGCUGUCAGAGGAGGACUACAGCUGCGCGCUGUCCAACAACUUCGCCCGCUCCUUCUACCCAAUGCUGCACUACACUAAUGGACCCCCGCCCACAUGAGCACCACCUCCACCCCCACCCUCAACACUGCAGUCAAGCAGGCUGUGCCCUAAAACUGCCACUGCCCCCAGUACACCGAGAUUUUUGUAGCAGUCCAAAGGAGAAAUUUGUUUGUUUUAUGUCUACGUGUAUCUCUCUAUAAUUUUAGGGAUGUGGAAGUAUCCAGUUGUGUGCUGGAGCAGAAAAAGCCAUGCUGUUGGUGCAGGUCCUACGUGUAUAUUUAUUAUUGACGUGUUAUUCCAUGCAAAAUACAUCAGUGUCAGUGGGAUCAGCUUUAGAUCUGCUCUCAUGUCCAUGAAAAAAAAAAAAAUCUAUAUAUUUAUAUUUGAAUGGGUGUCAGUCACUGGUUUUUAAAUUAAUAGUUGUUCUGGGUUAUUUUUAAUAUUUCUUUUGUGUGUAAGAGUGACUGUACCACAGCACCACAAAAUUCAAGAAUAUCUGUGAUUUUCUAUUGCAGCUACUAUUUUUACUCCUAAUGGGGGCGCAAAGUCUGGAUUUUGACAUUUUGUACAUAUAAUUUAAAUGAGUGCUUUUCGUUGUUAAUUUAGGAUGAAGUAUGACAUAAAUUGUGAACACUGGGUAACGGUAGCUCCACAGUUUCAAAAUGCCUUGUCAGUACAGACGAAACCAGGAAGGGCGCAAGAAUGGAAGGAAGCAUAAAUCAAGUAUAAUUUUAUUAUGAAAUUCUUUUUAGAGGCUGCAGGAUACUGUGUUGUAUUUAUGAGUGUAAAAUUUAAAUUAUGACAAAACUGUUGGCAGGAAUUUAAUAUUUUUGCUUUGGUUGAUGCUGAUUAAGGAGUGUCAGUGAAGACAACAUUUCCUUGCCCACUGAGUGAAUGUGAGUGUGUAGGCUGCGUUAGCCAAGGGACGCUUGCCUGUCUGUGGUGGUAAUGUGAGUGCUCGACCGUUGUGUGAAUGCGCUUGUGUUCUCCAGACUCCACCACAGCAGCUGCUGUUCUUGAUCAAACAUCCAUGUACUGUAGCCCCAGAGUAGCUGGUCACAGCACUGGACUUGAUCACAUCGGAUGGUUGUGGGUUUGAAUCCCUGUGCAGUGCUGUUAUGUCCUUUUUUCUCUUUCACUGGAGUUUUGCCAGUAAUAUUCCAGCUGUAUAAUUGGGAUAGAUGAAGACAUAUGACUAGUGAAAGACACCCAAAAUAAGGACACGUAGCCAGCAAAUUACAGUACAGUAUAGACUCUGCGCAAAUUCAUCAGAAACUGGAGAUAAAUUAAAACUGUAAGAUUAAAAAGAAACAAUGUAGAACAGAAUACUGUACAUUUUUACAAGUAAUUCAGCUUCAGUAGUGUAAAUAGAAUUUCUACUCAAAGUCCUACACUGUUGGAAAGGGCCUCCUGGAACAUAAAGAAAACAAUGGUGUGUACAGUAUGUGAUUUAUAUUUGAAUGUUUAUUUAUGGGGAUGUACAGUGUAAGCCCUUUUUACCUGACAAUAAAUAUUGUUUGCCAUGUUCAUCAAAA